CGUGGAGGCCGUGGCGCCGGGCAAUGGGCAAGGCGAGCGCCGGCCAGCACGCCGCGCUGGGCGCUCCCUGAUCUCCACCAGAGCGCCCCGAGGCUGCGUCCCUGCCGUGCCCGACGGAAGGCUGGGGGAUGGCUCUGCCGACUCCCGAAGAUGGGGCUCCCACGGGCGAUCCCUGCUCUCAGCGCUGAAGGAGACGGGCAGGAGGAGGAGAGACCCGCUUGCAGCCUGCUCCUGUUAACGCGAGGAAGAGAAGGCGCCUCCGACCUGCCAGGGCUGCGCGCUCAGAGAGAGCAUUCCUGUCAGUACGGCUGCUGGUCCCCAAAUGCCCUGACCCAGCGAUGGGAAGAAGUUGGGCUGGGUGCUGGUGUUAUUGGUCGUGUCACCCCAAGUAUCCAAGAACUCUGCCCCUCCGAGAAGAGUGUGCAGGCCGCGCCCAACAGCCUUCCCAGCACCCUCCUAUCCACUGGGCACCUUUAGGGGCAAGAACUCCCCCCUCUCCGUGAAAGACCCAAGUUUGUUCCUGCAUUCCUCCAGUGAAGUGAUUCCAUGGCAACGGCUGCGGAGAGCGUGCAGGAGGCUGCGUGACUGGAAAGGGCUGAGCUGCUACAGCAUACGGGCCUCAGCUCAGUCCCACUGCUUUGAUUAGAAAAUGCCUGGGAUGGCACCUGGAUUGUAGUGUGGCUGAGAGCAGGUUCGGUGCCCUACCUAGAGAAGGGUGAGACGAUACAUUCCAGGAGAGCACAAGGGAGGUUCUGGAGCUCAACAACAUGGCUGGGCAGCAAGGGAAAUGGAGACAGACCCAUCUGCAGAACUGAGCCUUCCUUGCCUGGCGCAGAAGAUCUGAGAGGCUCCCCCACUCACCCGCCCCCCAUUCACCCAGCCGGAGCUGAAGAUCCUUGCUUCCACACUUCCAAGGGCCCUUCACUAUUUCAUAGACGUGAAGAUGGUGAUGUCCCACGGCACCUACACCUUCCUCACCUGCUUUGCUGGCUUCUGGCUGAUCUGGGGGCUCAUUGUGUUGCUGUGUUGCUUCUGCAGCUACCUGCGUCGGCGCAUGAAACGGCGGCAGGAGGAGCGGCUGCGGGAGCAGCACCUGCGCACCCUGGAGAUGGAGCCCCUGCACUAUGAGGGCUAUGGAGGCCCUGCCUAUGGGGGCCCUGCCUAUGGAGGUGGUUACAUGAGAAACCCACCGGGCAUUGCUGUGCCCCACCGAAUCCGCAUUGAACCGCAUCGCCCCCACCUCCCACCCCCAAGGCCUUGGAGCUGCAGGCAUGAGCCGGAUCCAUCCAAGCCCCCUUGCUAUGAGGAAGCAGUGCUGAUGGCUGAGCCCCCCCCACCUUACAGCGAAGUGCUGACGGACACCCGUGGCCUGUACCGCAAGAUCAAUGCUCCCUUCCUGAGCCAUGAGCAGCCGGAGAAGCAGGAGCAGCCACCCAGCUACAAGCCACUCUUCCUGGACCGGGGCUACGGUUCAGCCCUUCACCUGCCAAGCUCAGCCAGCCAGGGCCCCACCUGCACCAACAUCUACCUGGAGUCGGAGCAUUCACAGCGCAUCUUCCCCAGCUGGACAGAUUCAGAACUCAGCACCAGAGACAGCUAUGAGCCUGGACCCUGGCACCUGCCUGUCUCAAUGCCUUUGUUUGGCAGGACUACGGCAGUCUAAUAGGCCAGGUGUGCCACAAGCUGUGUGGGAUGGGGGCUGCUUGCACAGAAGCUGGAUCCUGGCAGCCCGUUCCCCUUGGGCUGUAGGAGCAACAUGCCCCUCCGCCCAAGCCUUCCAGCCAUGCCCAGGCCUUCACAGUUGCUAAUGACCUCCCAACUGGGGCGAGAUUGGGGCUGGUCUCCCCAUCUUGCCCACUCCCCUUUUUUUCUGGGCCCACUACAGGCUCUGUUGGUGCUGACUGCAAGGGGGCCUCUGACUUGGCCUAAACUUUGUUUCCUAUUUUUUGUUUGUUACACUUUGACAAUAAUAAAAGUUUGUGGAACCUGAUUUAUUACAAA